CAUCCCACCCCCACUAUAGUGAUUCGAUUGGCUGUUCUUACCAAGAGUUUUAUUUACGAUUUAUUUCAUGAGGUGAUAGUAUGAAAGACACAACACUGAACACAGGCAAAUAGGUUCCCAUACUCUAGAAUUAGUUAUGUAAAUUUACGUAUAGAUAAUUUUCGAUUGUGAGUGUAUGAGAGAAAUAGGCAUAUUGAUCGUCCAGUUUAUAAACUUUAGUAGUUUUUAAUCAAACAAUCGGUUGAUAUUUUGUGACCGGUUUUAUAUUUUGACUGAUUUGUAUGGGAAUGGAUAGUAGUGCAUCGGAAGUCGUCAAGAUGGAAACACCAAUGUCAAAUGAUAGUGAAAAACUGUUCUCAAGUCAAAUACACUCAGAUUUUGGAUAUUACUUUAAUGAUGGAAAAAGAAAAAUUGAUUAUGUUUUGGUUUGGGAUGAACCAGUUAAUGAAACUAUAAUCAAUAAAGUGAAAAAAAUCAAUAGUAUUUAUCGAAAGACAUUUGAAGAUAAUUUGCAAACAAUCGGAGUACAAAUUGAGAAAGAGGAUGUCAAGAGCGAAAGCUUGAUGACUCAUUAUUUGAAGCUGCAUAUUCCUUGGGACUUAAUGUGCCAUCAUGCCGAAUGUCUAAACCUACGAGCUCCUCUUGAAGUGCAAAACACUAAAAUGAAAAACUGGUCUGAGAUUCUUUUGAAAACAAUCGGGAUUCCAUCUAUAAUGGCGCAAAAUGUUCCAAAUCCUCCACCUGAAUAUUAUACUUGUCCGUUUAAGAAAAGUAAACUAGAAAAAUUCAUUGGACAUGAUAAUCAAGAAUCAUAUUUCACCCCUACUCAAAGACAUCAGGUAGCAUAUGAUAUUUUAGCUACUCAAGCAUAUGGGAGCCGUGAAAAGGCACAAGUUGGAAUCGAUCGUCUUAUACAAGAAGAGGUUUACAAUGCUGCGUACGCGAUUCAUGAGGUAAUCGGUUCAAAUGUAAACACCCACACAGUUAUUCAUAUUACCAUUACCAAUUCUUCUUGGUUCAUAAUAAUAAUAAUAAUAUUAUAUAUAUAGUAACUACCUAUUUUCUCAAAAGAACUCAUGUUACAUGCAAUCACGUGUUUAUCAUGCACAUUUUUGUGUUAUCACAUGUUCAAUUAUUUGUUGUAUAAAAGUGUAUAUGAUGGUGAUAUUUUUAUUUAUUUAAAUAAAGUUACCAUAUUAUACCCUCUUUAGGUCCCUAAUUUAUCCAUUGUACCAUAACUAAACAAAAUAUUACGGGAAACAUUUUUUUAACUUACAGGCUUUCCAUGGUGAUCUAGGUUCAGUUGACUCAUGAUCUCAACCAUUGGAAUUGCUAUAAUAUUCACAAAACCCCUUCGAGAUUAGAUUGUGGUUUGAGGUAGUCGGCAGGAAACCCUGGACCCGGGUUUCAAACUACUUGGCACUCAUCAGCAAGGUGUACCUGUAAUCUUGAGGGAACUGGUGCUCCCUGGUCGAAAGCAUUCGAUCUGCAUUAAUAGGGACUAGACACGCAUGAAAUUGAUCACCACCCAGUGAUCAAUCAAUUGUGAGAAAACCCCUUCUGAUAUUACUUAAAAGUAAUCCUAAUUUAUUCCUGCCUAUAGUAAAGUUGAACACUUAUGUAGUUUCAGAAAUAUUUAUCUAUAUUGAUGCAUUAAAUCUGAUAAAAAUAAAAGGUAUGUUCGUUUUUAAAAAAUCGACUGAAUAACAUCUUGUACAGAUAAUGAAGAAAAUUUCGAUAUUUAGAAACACUUCUGGUCCGAUAUUACAGGAGAUAAAAACUGAACAGGAAAAAGUAGUUGAUAAAAUUCAUCACAAAACUGACUAGUUGAAUGAAUCGGACGCUCACAUUUUAGUUAUUUUAAACAAUAUUACUUAAUUUUUACGAAAUUCAAUUUGUGGUAGAUAUCAUUUCUUAUUUAAAUAAAGUUUAAUAUGAGCAUUAGUUCUAGCAAAGGGUAAUAUAUCUCUUGAUUAAUUAUAGGGUCCAUAUGAAGUAGAUGAAGAGGAUUUAAAAAAUCCAGAAAAAAUGAAUCCACGUCAAAUUUUAUAUUGGUAUUGGGCAAGAUGGGGUUGUUGGUAUAGAUAUCAACCUCUGGAUCAUAUCAGAUAUUACUUUGGAGAAAAAAUUGGUUUCUAUUUCGCUUGGCUUGGUUUAUACACUGCAUGGUUAUUACCAGCUGCAUUGGUCGGAAUAUUUGUUUUCAUAUAUGGACUUGUAACUAUAAAUGAUUAUGUUCCUGUGUAAGUAUUGAUUAGAUAUAAAUGUUAUCUAUUAAAUCGUUUAUCCACAGAAAUACUUUUACAUUAUAAAUUAAUAUCAUAGAAACAGCAUAAACCACUUGUUAGUGGUUAGCUAUUUACACUUUCAAAUUAAUUCAGCAUCAGCUAUUCACUGCCAAUAAUAAAAAUAUGAAACUCGAUACGGCUAUCAACCAAUAUCAAAGUCAGAAUCUUCAGUACGAACGUCAAGACAGUUCUACUAUACGGAGCUGAAACUUGGAGAACUAUUACAACCAUCAUCAAGAAGGUACAAGUAUUUAUACGACAAUUUUUUAUUCAAGAUAUUCAAUAUUCGUCGACGGGAUAACAUCAGCAACAGCCUAUUGUGGGAGUGAACAAAUCAGGUUUCAGCUGUGGAGGAAAUUAGGAAAAGACGUCGGAAGUGGAUAGGACACACAUUGAGGAAAUCAUCAAACUACAUUACGAGGCAAGUGCUUGCCUAUAAUCCUGAAGAGAAACGGAAAAGAGGAAGAAUAAAGAAGACACUACGUUGAGAAUUGGAAGCAGACAAAAAAAAGAUGAAUAGCAAUUGAAAAGAACUGGAAAGGAUUGCCCAGGACAGGGUUGGAUUGAGAGUGCUGAUGGACAGCCUAUGCCAAUCCACGAAGGAUAACAGGCGUAAGUAAGUACUUAAACACCUACUUCAGUUGUCGGUCAGUUUUCUAUUCUCUAUGACACCCAUGAUGAAUGACUAAAAUAACAAUGAGUCAGUAUAUCAGAGAUCUCACGAUUACAUUUAUACUUCCUAUCACUGUAUUUGUUUAACAAGAUUUUAAAAUAUUUCCAACUAAAUAAUAGGCAAUCUUCUCUUACAUUAUUUAGAAAACGUUCUCUACAAAAGAAAUUUCAGAUGAUGAAUGAUUGUUCGUAAUACUUUUAUUUUUAUGUUUUUAUAGUGUUAAAACACUAUUCAUUAUUUGUCAACUGACGGUAAAUUAAAUAAAUGUUGAACAAUUUAGAAGUAUUGCAGGUUAGGUAUAUCUGAUCGAGACAUUGAUGACGUCAGAAUAUUAAAGUGAACAGGUUAGAUAUAAAGUUUGGGAUAGAAAAAGAAUAUGCAUUCUCGGAACCUAAACUGUUUACGGAAUUUUGUGGAAAAUAGCAUUUUGAUGAACUUCAUCAGUAUAACUUUGAUUCGUCAAACGAUAUAACCUAUCUUUAGCAAAAUUUACUUGUCAAUGGAUAAAGGAUUGCGCAAGAUCAUGGAUCGAUUGAAGCUAGACAUUAAUACUGUUGAAUGCCAGCUCAGUGAUCUAGAGGUUAAGAGUUCGUGCGUGAGACAGAAGAUUUAUGUUCGAGUCACGUGUGUGAGAUCGUAUAUGUGCACUGAUGGUGAGUCCCAUACUAGGACGAAACAACGGUCUAGUGCUUUCAGGUUUUCAAUGGUGGUCUAGCUUACACCGACUCAUGAAUUCAACUAUUAAAAUUACUGCUAACUCCCAUUCUGAAAAUAAGUUUAUAUCUUUAGAAGAUGGUUAGUAUUAUUAUUACUGAUUGGUGUUUUGAAAUGAUUUUCCAGAAAAAUACGACAGUAAGAUUAUUUGAAGCAAGUUUAAAUUUCUUGACAUUUCAGUUAAGAGUACAGUCAAUCAAAUAACUAGAAUUACGAUAAAUUUUUAUAACUAAGUCUAAUUAAUUCACGAUCAUCCCUAGGGGACAAAUGAAAGAUUUAAUAAUGUCGUUUAGAGUUUAUGUAAAUGGAUGAUAAUUCUUAAAUAAGGUUGAUAAUUAAAAACCUUAGAACGUUCGUCCCAUGCUUUGAAUUGAUCCCUUCGGAAAUGAGGUUAAUGAAAGUCAUUAUAUGGAUAAGAUGUAAAAUUGAAGCCAAUAACUAAUAUACUAUAUGAUAACAUACAAUUAAUAUCCUAUUUAAUUACAUUCAUCAUCCAUUAAAAGAUAAAAAUGAAAUUGAUUUUCGUUGUAGAACAGACCGAUUAUUUACUUUAGUCUUUUCAAACGUGUCUGACUCUUAAAUAAACUGUAAACUAAUAUCACUUUUUGAAAUCUGCUCUUAAAAAUUAAGUAGAUAUUCAUAUUUGUCGAAUUUCAGUUCACCUUUCUUUGUCACAGUUAAACAUAUGUUCAAUGAACACUGCAAUUCGCAGUGUACCAAUAAUACCAUUUAGCAAUUACUAAUAUACCCAACAAAUAAAAAAACCUGCCUACAUUCCCUUAAUUGUUUAAUUAUUGACAGGAAAGAAGCUUGUGAACGAGACACAGUUAUGUGUCCAACUUGUGAUAUCACCCACGGGUGUCGAUAUUGGAAUUUACGAGAGUUAUGUUUCUACUUGAAAAUGUCCUACUUAUUCGACCAUCCUGGUUCUGUAUUCUACGCUAUUUUUAUGGUAAUUUGGGGUGUUACAUAUUUAGAGUAUUGGAAGCGUAAAAAUGCUAAAUUAGCUCAUCGAUGGGAUGUGCUGGAUUAUGAAAUCGAAGAAGAACGACCGCGCCCACAAUACUCUGCCCACUGUACACAAUAUGCAAAAAAUCCCAUUACGGAUGUUCUUGAACCAUAUUUUCCUCCUCGUGCUCGUGUUGCUCGUAUUAUUGCUGGAUUGAUUUGUGUCAUGGUGAUGGUUAUGUUGGUAUUGGUAUUCAUAGUAGCUGUAAUUAUUUAUCGGUUUUUAAUAAAAAUUCCAUUAUUUCAAAAUAAACUACUUCGUUCCAAUGCAGAAAUAUACGCAACACUUUCAGCAGCUAUUGUAAAUCUUAUUCUGAUUAUGUGUUUGGGGAAAGUGUAUGAAACAUUAGCCUACAAAAUGACUCAAUGGGAGAUGCAUCGAACUCAAAGUGAAUUUGACAACCAGCUGAUUUUUAAAGUUUUUCUGUUUCAAUUUGUGAAUUUCUAUUCAUCCAUAUUCUAUGUAGCAUUUUUCAAAGGACAAAUGGUUGGUUAUCCUGGUCAUUACACAUCCUUUUUCGGCCUACGUAACGAAGCAUGCGAUAACGGUGGUUGUUUGAUUGAAUUAGCCCAACAAUUACUUGUUAUAAUGGUUGGGAAACAAAUCAUUAGUAAUUGUCAAGAAAUUUUGCUUCCAAAGAAUGAUUUGUAAAACUCAAAAAAAAACAAAUUAAAUUUCGCUGAUUCAUCUUUGAAUUAUUACACAGUAAACUACGUGCUUGGUUCCAUAAAUAUCGAAAGGGAUUAAAUAAGAGGAAUGUUGCUUCAACUAGUGAUCUGAGCUCAGCGCAUAUAUUUAUUGAAGACUAUAAAUUAAUACCAUAUGAAGGACUAUUUGAUGAAUAUCUUGAAAUGGUUCUUCAAUUCGGGUUCAUUACAAUCUUUGUGGCUGCCUUUCCACUAGCCCCAUUCUUUGCGUUACUUAACAAUUGGAUUGAAAUUCGUUUAGAUGCCAAAAAAUUAGUAUGUGAAACACGUAGACCAUUGGCGGAACGAGCACAAAAUAUAGGCGUUUGGUUUAGAAUAUUAGAGUUUCUUGUUCGAUUGGCUGUAAUUUCAAAUGCCUUCAUCAUUGCAUUCAGGUCAAGUUUUCUUCCUGAACUCAUGUAUAAACAUGAAGUUAGAAGUGAUUUAGUAGGAUUUACUAAUUUUACUCUAGCGUGGGCUCCUCCGAAUACUACAUCACAACCAUGCAGGUAUAAAGCUUUUCGGGAUAAUAAUGGUGAAUAUUCGAUGUUUUUCUGGAGACUUUUGGCUCUCCGUCUAGCGUUCGUAAUCGUUUUCGAGCACGUGGCAUUUGUUUUGGCGAACGCUCUAGAUUUCUUCAUCCCAGAUGUUCCAAGUAGUUUGAAAGAACGUAUUCAACGAGAACGAUUCCUGGCAAAGCAAGCCCUUCUGGAUAUUAGUUUGGUAAAUUCACCUAUGAUCGAAAGUAUAUUUCUAUUUACUAUCAUUCAUUAUCGUUAUGUAGGAAAUACUGGUGUACAUUCUGGUUGAAGAAAUAAGUGUUUACUAAUUCAACAUUAUUUUCCUUAACAUCUAUUUGUCUUCAGAACCUGCAGCUUUCUCCUAAUUUGCUGUUUGAGCAUUUAGCUUUGGAUUGAGUGAACAUUAUGGGGUCAGUACUCAUCGUAAGAUCUAACCAAAUAUCAGAUUCACUAACUAACACUUCAACGCACUUUCAGUAUGAACUGGGUGAACCACUACUCUCUUUUGGUAAUUCUUUCACUGAUCACAACUAACCAUCAUCAGAUUACUGACCAAGCCUAAGCACUGAAUAAUAAAUAAAAUUGAACCACUUGUAAUUAUAAUAGAGAUGUUUUUGUUGUAUCCCGAUGAGUAGGAAAAUUGUGUUUCUGACGUUUCGUGGCUCAAUGUAAACCGCUUCUUCAGAGUAAAUGAAUAACCGACAGAAAAAUUAUCGGUUAUUUAUUAUUAACUCUCUACCCAGUGCUCAAUUUAUUUGAAACUAUCAAGUCAAACCUUACUAUUGAUACCAUUUGUCGUAAUGUAACAAAAUUAUACAUAUCACGCUACUUUGUGCCACAACAAAAACAUUUUUCAUCAUAUAUGGUUCAUUUGGGAUUAUUUCCGUAUUUUGAUUAAAUUUCAACAUUGAUAUAGCUUUGAACAACAUUCUAGGCGGAUGCUUUAUAUUUGGUAGGUGCAUGUCUGAAUAUCGGCGCUAUCUUAAACAACUGUGGAUGUAAUAACCAACUCUGCAUUCUAUAAUUUCUAACUCCACAAAAGAACCAAUAUUUUUAUCUCUACGCCGCUUACAUUAAAUCAAGCAUAUGGAUAGAUUUAUUUGAACCAAGUACCUAAUCUCAAUGUUAUUCAGCUUCACUAUCUUUUCGUACGAACAAACCAUUAUUACACGUUUCGCAUCCUUAAGCUCCGGGGUUGCUAGUUAGAUCAUGAACCGUGACAAAUGUGUCAUUUAGGAUAAAAUCGACUGAUGUUAGUAUAGCAUGGACUCAAAUCAUCAGAGCGAAAGUGAGUAGGUUUAUGAAGAGGCUCCACUGAAUCAAUAUCAAUCUGUUUAUUCUCAGACUGCAGCUCACAGAUUCACCAAACUAAAAACUAUAUCAUAUCCAGAUUCAAUAAAAAUGUUCUGUAUGGUCUGGAGCGUCAGAAGGUAAAAUUUCCGUCCUUAUUUAUAAGUCAGCGAAUUCUGUUCAGUGGAAAUGUAUCAUAACUUUAUCAAUCUUUCUACAAGACUAGACUUUUAAAUGUUUAUUUAAUUCACUAAUAAAUUUAUUUGUUAGUACUUUUUACUCAUAGUUUAUUUACAUAAAUGUUUCUUUGUUUCUAAAUUCCAUUUAUUAGAUGUCGAGUAAGUGAACCUUCAUUGUUAUGCAAAAAUAGGGAUAGAUGAUGAUAGAAAAGAGGGAAAUAAGUUUUUUGUAAAAACAUGUAGUUAGUGUUCAAUAUUUGGUAUUUAAGCUACUCAAGCAAACAUCAGUUUCUUCUAAACCAACAUUUUAGACGAUUAUUCAGAUAGAUUUUUCUCGUUUAGUGAUUCUUGCCAACAACCAUCUAAACAACUAACAAGGAAACAGGUUCAAAACUGAUCUUUUAUUAUUCAUUUAUUCUAAAAUGAAGUCAUUCAAAAGACAGCUUAUAGCUCUAAAGAUGCGGAAUCUCAUUAACUUACCUUAAGAUAUCAUGUGGUAUGAAUUUCUCUGAUAUUUUCGUAAUCUACAGUAAACGAUUUGUAAAAGAAGCACUCAUUUCACUAUUUGAUAUUGUAUCAAAUAUGCACACUUUUCAAAGAAUUUCAAGCUAAAUAUCUACUCAGAUAGUUACACAAUGAAUCGUUGUUAAGGAUCUUGAAAUUUUUUUCCAAACUACCACAUUUUCUACUCUUAUUUUGUUAUUGUUGUAGGAAUCAAGACAACCGGAAACUAAAAAGGAUGUUAGUGAUUGAUCAAUUAAUGAACAAACAUAUGACACACUGGCCGGAAAGUUUAAUUUUUUAAAAAAAAGAAAACAGUAUUCAUAAAAUAUCUUCAAUUUUGUCAUAAAAAUGUCUUGGUUUGUUAUCUUCCUUGGUUUUUAAAAGAUCUAUACAAAAUUCUAUCAAUCCGUCUCCAAUAAAUUUCAUAUUUUUGUGAUAAACUUUUCAAUCGGAACGUGAUAUCUAUUUUCUGUUGAAGAAAUACAAAAAUCAAUUUAUAGAUUGUAAAUUUGUGUAUAUCAGAUACUUACAAGUUAAUUGCAAUAUUCACCUAUUAAUUGUAAAUUUAAUUACAUUACUGUAAUUUAUCUAAAGUUAAUAUAAAGUUAAUUAAUUGGUUUACUAUUAAUGGAAUAACUAUAAACUAUCAGGAUAAUGUAUCACUCUUUAUCACUUCUUUGUAUAGUAAAUUAUGUAACUGACAAUUCAGUACUGUUAGACAGCAAGUUGAACAGUUUUCACUGGUAUGAUGCUAAGAAGUAAAAGGCACUCUUAAAAAAAAACAAAUAAUUAACUGACCUUCGUUUAUAUCUGUUGUAUUGAAGAGACGAUCAAAUGUACUACAAUGUAUCAAUAUGCAAAAUAGUACUCUUAUUCAGGAUACUUAUAACACUCUGGUUACGAAAAGAUAUUAGUUAUCUGAAUAUAGAAUGUUUCAAUUCAUUUACGGAAUCUGUGGGUGAAACCAAACAGAGAUAGAAAAACAUAAGCUGUUAUGAUUUAUAAUCAGAGAGGGGUUUUGUGGUUAUUACAGCAAUUUAAUAGUAGAAUUCAUGAGUCAAUUGAAGCCAGGACGAAACGGCCAUCCAGUGCUCCACGAUUUUCAAUAGUGGUCUAGCUUCAAAUGACUCAUGAAUACAACUACUAAAUUGUUGAAUAAGAAAAAAAGAAUUCAGCGAAGAAAAUUUUCUUCUCGACGAAAUCAUUUACUUAAGCUGUAUUUUCGUGUAUAAAGUUAUAUGGAAAAUGUAUGUCUAUAGGAGGAUAGAAAAAAUUGCAUCACCAAAAUGAAUUCAAGGAUAAAUAACAAAUGAGGUUACGUACUAAUCAAGGGGUAAGGAAGAAAAUCGUUUAUCGGUCAGAUAAUAGUCCAAUUGACAAAUAUAAAGAAGAGCGACAAACACAAAUGUCAUAAUAAUAAACUGAAUAAUAAUCAAGAAAACUUGUAUAAGGUAAUAAUAAUAAUAAUAAUAACUGACUAGGGUUUAAAGUGGAAAAUAGUAAUUUUAAAAAUUCCAUAAUAAUCAAAUAAAAGUGCAGAAAAAAACAGAAACAUACCCAUUAAGGGAAUUAGGGCCAAGGAAGGAUGAGAGGUUAGACAAAUCGUUUCUGCACGCAAAGUUCGGGCUUGAGUUCGUGAAUUGCCAAUGCCUCAGCAGUGCAUAGAAUAUUGAUUCGACACCCCUUCGAUCCAAUUCCUUUGACUCUGUAGAUCACUUUAAAAGAAGAGUACUUGGGAGCGGUGUGUCUAUAAUUGAUUAAAUACUCCUGCAUAGAACUAGUGAUUGUUUUACAUUCUCCUUUUACAAGCCAAGCCGGAUAGUAAAUAAGAACUUUUGUCUAAAUUUGAAAGAAUAAUUUCACAAUAUUUGGGCGCCGAGUUAAUGUGAGACAUUAAAAGGAAUUACUUCAAAUUCUUUCGCUGAGAUUUUACAAAUUCAUUCUUCCUUUUUAAUGUCAAGCCGGAUAGUGUUCUGAGAUGCGUUUGGAAAGUGAUCGCUUUGUUCGGCCUACAUAACGAGCCUCACAUGAGAACGUAAAUUUAUAAAUACACAUUGAUGUGGUCCAAAGCGAAAGUUUAUCUUUAACACAUCCAGGAGUGGUAGGCCGGCUUGAGAAAACAAUUCGGAGCUUGGCUGUGUAGAAAGUUUUAUUCAGUGAUUUUGAAAUCCGUUUAUUUAAGAUUUCAGCAGCCGUGUCUCCUUUAAAUUCCAUAUUCAUGAACAGGGUUUUUGUGGUAUUUGA